AAUCCUCAAAAAGUAAACCUAAAACCAGCACAAAAACUAAAACCCUAGCAAGCAAAUCUUCGGCGGCUGAAGAGACGAAAACGAUGACGCAGAAGGGGAAUUUGUUCAAAGGAAUCAAGAAGAACAAAAGCAUCCCCCCAAAUCGCCAUGGAAAAGUUCCCUGCACUCGAAAAGGGAAGAGAUUCGUGAAGCCAAGCAAGAUCACAAAUGAUAUGGAAACUAAUAGGGAGCUGAGCAAGUUUAUAAAUCACUGCAAUGAGAUCAAGGCUGCAACACAAGCUAAUAAGGAAGGAGGUCAGCUUGCUAUUGUAAAACCUGAACCCUCAAAUACCGAAAAAGGAAAACAGUCAAUUUCCAAGGAAGCAUAAAUAUCAUGUUCCAUUGCUUGGGGACGAAUGAGACAUCCUCUAUAUAACAUCCCUUUCCGACUGUGGAAAGGAAACGUUUCAAGAGCUGUGUGUUUUUGGUAAUUGUAAAAUGUAAGUUUUGAUUAGUCAAUAGAUGGAAAUAGAUUCAGAGAGCUGUUUUGUGUGGCAUGAUAGUAUAUAUUUGGCAUCUCAUGGAUUGAUUAUCUAAUGUAUUUGAAGUUUAUUCUUGUGUUUUUUUAGAUUAUUCGAGUAUGUCGCCAGUUUGGAUAGCAUUAUCGGGCGGAAAUUGAUUCUUGUAUUACAUUACUAAUUUGAAUAUAUCAUCAAUAUCCUUUACCUGCCUUUUGAA